AUGUCUCUGCGUCCGUCCACUGCUCCUCUGCGUGCCCCUUUGCCUUCUCCUCCUCAGUCUUCUCUUCCUCCACUUGCCGACCCGGAGUCGGACUCUCGCCGUGCUGCCAGUCCUACUGUCACGCGUCUUCUUGCCUCUCUUGUCACUGACACUUCCUUUGAGUCCGCUGCUGCGUCUGCCCUAGUUGCUGAGCUGGUCGACUUUGCUGCUGCGUGUCGUCUAGACUACGCUGCCAGUCUUGUUGCUGAGUCUGCUGAGUCUGCUGAGUCUGCGUCUGCUGCGUCUGCGUCUGCCUGUCCUCCGUCCGUCGGGGGUGACUGUGCUCUUGGCACGGACGUCCUUGAGGACAGGCAGGAGGAGUUCCAGUGCUUUGCCGCCGCUUUGCCCCAUCUCGUGUCCAUGCUUGUUGCCCCUGAGGGAGACCCGGAUGCUCUAGACAUCCCGACCCCACGCUCUUACGCAGAGGCGAUGGCCGGUCCCUACUCCUCUCAGUGGCAGUCAGCCAUGGACGCAGAGAUGGCUUCCUGGAAGUCCACAGGCACCUUCGUUGACGCUGUUCCCCCUCCAGGGGCGAACAUUGUCAGUGGUAUGUGGAUCUUCAGGGUGAAGCGGCCGCCGGGUUCUCCGCCUGUCUUCAAGGCGCGCUACGUGGCUCGUGGCUUAAGUCAGCGACAGGGAGUUGACUUCUUUCAAACCUUCUCCCCGACCCCGAAGAUGACCACUCUUCGGGUUCUGCUGCACGUCGCUGCUCAGCGAGACUACGAGCUACACUCUCUUGACUUCAGCACUGCUUUCCUGCAGGGCCGCCUGCACGAGGAGAUCUGGCUGCGCCGCCCUCCUGGCUUCACUGGGUCGUUCCCUCCUGGUACCCAGUGGAGCCUCCGGCGGCCAGUCUACGGUCUUCGCCAGGCGCCGCGUGAGUGGCACGACGCACUGAGGACUACACUUGCGGCUCUUGGGUUUGCUCCUUCUACUGCCGACCCGUCGCUGUUUCUGCGCACCGACACCUCGCUGCCGCCGUUCUACAUCCUCGUGUACGUCGACGACUUGGUCUUUGCCACUGCGGACACUGCCGCACUCGCCCACGUGAAGUCCGAGCUGCAGAAGAGACACACGUGCACAGACCUGGGUGAACUGACAAGCUAUCUUGGCUUGCGGAUCACCCGGGACAGAGCACGCCGCACCAUUACCCUUACUCAGUCACACAUGGUGCAGCAGGUCCUUCAGCGCUUCGGCUUCUCGUACUCCUCGCCUCGGUCCACUCCUCUGCCUACGGGACACUCGCUCUCAGCUCUGCCUUCGGAUGAGUCCGUAGAGUCGAGUGGUCCGUAUCCAGAGCUUGUGGGCUGCCUCAUGUACCUGAUGACCUGCACUCGACCUGACCUCGCAUACCCUCUCAGCAUCUUAGCACGCUAUGUUGCUCCCGGCCGUCACCGGAAGGAGCACAUGGAUGCAGUGCAGUACGUCGGGCAUGGGGCUAGUGCUUGGAGGGCCUCCAGCUGUGAGGCUGAGAUCUACGCCACGGCCAUGGCUGCCCAGGAGCUUCGCUGGCUCACCUACCUGCUGACUGACCUUGGAGAGCGGCCUCGUUCUCCUCCAGUGCUGUACGUCGACAACAAGGCAACCAUUGCCUUGUGUCAGGAGCACAGACUGGAGCACAGGACGAAGCACAUUGCUCUGCGCUACUUCCUUGCUCGAGAGCUGCAGCAGCGUGGUCAGCUUCGCCUGCGUUUCGUGGCCACUGAGGCCAACACUGCUGAUGUGUUCACCAAGGCACUUCCGCCUCGUGACCAUCAGCGCUUUUGCACUCUGCUAGGCCUUGUGCCCACUGGGCCUCACUUGCUUACCUCUUGA